CCGCUCCCAUGUUCUCCCGCUCACCAUCUCUAUGCAUUCAUCUUUUGGUAAUAAUCACAUGUUUCCCUCGCACUAUGCAUUGAUACUUUGAAGUGGAGUGAAAUCCCUUUGUUGGCGCUGUUGAAACGCCGUCCGGCAGGUGGCCGCUUCGUCUUCUCCGGUCGCCAUCCAACGCUGGUUCGAAAUCCUCACCCGACUUUGCUUCAAACGCCUUUAUCCAGCCGUCGCUGGCACUUGGAGAAAGGGAUUGUCAUCAUUCCCAUCGGCAGCUCCGUUUUGGUAUUCUAGCCAUCGCCUUCUUCCUCAAUCCCAUCCCUUAUGUUUUGACCUUAUUUUUCAGCCUCGUUGUAUCCUUUGGCAUCUUUAGACCCAACUAAAACAUUUACCCAAGCGCUGCUGUGGAGUGUCACUUCAUUUUCUCCUGCCAACAUUCAAUGCCUGUGUGAAACCCUGCUGUGCCCAACUCUCCUUCCAACCACCUUCACUCCAGGUUGAGAUCGUGACCUCAUUUUCAAGGUUGAUUCGACCAACUAAAUAAAAUAUUGAAUCGAAUGCGUGACGCCACAUCCCUACCGAAAGGGAGAUGAUAGAGGAAGCCUUCGAGUGGGGGCAAGAGUUUCCAAUCUUCGCAGGCUCAUGACCACACAAGAACUUGAUUACCAUCCAAAUGUAAAGCACGGACCAGCAGGAUGCUCCAACAUCCUGAACGGUAAAAAACUUCUGGAACAUCUCCUUCAUCUGUUCUUUAAAGACCUAAACAUCCAGACCUUCUGUGGUCGUGGAACCUAAAAUGCGCUGGGACUUGACAGCUUAGCUCGCUCCUACUCUUUUGGAUUAGGCAGCUCUCUGCCUCUCUCUUCUCCUCAUGGCUGUCGUCGUCGUCUUCCCUCAGCUCCCGCCAAAUCUUUUCCCUCAAUUCGGCUGCCGCCACCGUCUUAGCAAUCACAGACGGCCAUGUUCCUUUACGCGCAAGGCGUUGCCUCCCUCUUUCCUGGUGCGUAAGAGGCGGGCCACUCGAUUUCUCCCGUUGAAGUCAUCUGUUUCGGUUAAUGGGUAUGUGGGAAACUUCGCGGAGAACGACCCUCGGGAUGAAGUGCAUAGUGGUGGUGGUGGCAUUUCGAUAAGGAAUUUCGCGGACUUUGUAGAGAAUUUGCGAUUUUACCUGCCUGGUGGUGCUUGGUGGAGGAUCGAAGAUGAUUUCUUUCCAGUCGGUGGCAAAGCGGUUACCGUCCCGUUCGCCUUGCGUCGGAUCUGGGAGAUGAUUUCGACUGACAAGUGGGUCCUCUUCGCCGGGUUCGGGUCUCUGCUUCUAGCUUCGUUUGCAGAAAUUUCAAUACCACACUUCUUGGCAGCAUCGAUAUUUUCAGCAAAAAGUGGAGAAAGAGCAGUCUUUUAUGGGAAUGUUCGGCUUUUGAUUUUCUUUUGUUGCGUUUCUGGGAUUUUCAGUGGCUUGCGAGGCUGUUAUUUCAGCAUUGCAAAUUUAAUAUUGGUCAGGCGUAUGCGGGAGAAGUUGUAUUCAACCCUCCUAUUUCAGGACAUAUCAUUUUUUGAUGAGGAGACAGUUGGCGACUUGUCAAGCAGGCUGGGAUCGGACUGUCAACAAGUCUCACGAAUUAUUGGAAAUGACCUUAAUCUGAUGUCUCGUAACAUUGUUCAAGGGGCAGGAGCACUUAUCUAUUUGAUGUCCUUGUCUUUGCCACUUGCGCUCUCCACAAUGGUUAGCUGUGGUGCCUUGUCAGCAGUUAUGUACUUCCAUAGUCGAUACCAGAAAAAGGCUGCAAAGGCUGUCCAAGAAUGUGUUGCUUGUGCAAAUGAGGUGGCUCAAGAGACAUUUUCUUUAAUAAGAACUGUUCGAGUUUAUGGGACAGAGAAAGAAGAGUGUGGCAGAUACUCAACAUGGUUGUCAAAGCUUGCUGAUAUCAACCUGCGGCAAGGUGUGGCUUACGGCUUCUGGAAUUUUAGCCUCAAUGUGCUUUAUCACUCCAUUCAAGUAGUUGCUGCACUAGUUGGAGGGAUGUUUGUUAUGGCUGGGCAUAUUACUACGGAGCAACUGACAAAAUUUGUUCUUUAUGCUGAAUGGCUAAUAUUGUCAACAUGGUGGAUUGGAGAUAAUUUGUCAUCAUUAAUGCAAUCUCUUGGUGCAUGUGAUAAAGUCUUCCGUCUGAUGGAUAUGUUACCUAGCAAGCAAUUUUCUUUAGGAGGGUCAAAGCUGUCCAAAGCGACUGGGCAUAUCCAAUUUGUAGAUGUGACUUUUCAUUAUCCCUCACGAGCAGCAGUACUAGCUCUAGAGAAUGUGAAUUUAUCAAUACAACCUAGGGAGGUGAUUGCAAUUGUUGGCCUUAGUGGCAGUGGCAAAAGCACAUUGGUCAGUUUACUACUUCGGUUAUAUGAUCCUACGAGUGGACAGAUCCUAAUUGAUGGGUUCCCGCUUCCUGAUUUGGAUAUUAAAUGGUUAAGAGAGAUAAUUGGUUAUGUGAAACAGGAACCACGAUUAUUUAGAAUGGACAUCAGUUCAAAUAUUAGGUACGGAUGCCCCAGGGAUGUUAGUCAGGAAGACGUUGAAUUAGCUGCUAAACAGGCAUAUGCACAUGAGUUCAUUUCGUCCCUGCCAAAUGGCUAUCAAACCAUUGUUGAUGAUGCACUAUUGAGUGGUGGACAAAAACAACGAAUUGCUAUUGCCAGGGCUCUCCUACGAAACCCAACCAUUUUAAUUCUUGAUGAAGCAACCAGUGCACUGGAUGCAGAGAGUGAAUAUCAUGUGAAGGAAGCUCUUCAAGCAGUUAUGAGAGAUUCUGGGACAAAACGAACUGUUAUUGUCAUAGCUCAUAGGCUAUCAACUGUAAGAGCUGCUGAUCGUAUAGUGGUGAUGGACAAAGGCCAUAUAGUAGAGGUAGGAAGUCACACCGAACUUGUUCAAAGAGGAGGAAAGUAUGCACAAUUAACCAAAAGACAAGCUGCUGACUCUGUAUUGUGACAUAGUUCAACGUCUGGAUAAUCAUGCGAAUGAUCUCAAUAUUUGAUGAGAUCAAAUUGUAGAUUCACACAACAAUAAUUUGCUGCCAUGGAAUAGUAAUUUGCUUCCACGAAUUUUUGAGAUUGGAGCAGUUGGUGAUUGAUAAGAAAGGCCGCCAGUGUACACAAGCUAUUUUUUGUUGUACAGAGCAAGUAAUGAAUUUGAAGAGUAUUUGAUUAGUUUUCUUAAGACAACAGAGUCAACUGCCUACAGGCAUGUGAUUAAAUUAUUUCCAUCACAUUAUGAAGUUGCUGCUACAUGAAUUCACACUUCAACAGAAUAGUUGGAUUACAAGAGCAUACUGUCAACGGAAUUGUGUUCAUCUCAUCCAUUAGUUCUGAGUGACCUCUUGUAAAAUACGUAUGCUGUUUCCUGAUAGUGAUAUUUUAUUCAAUUUUCAGUAA